AUGGACAGUAAGGUGAAUUGCAAGGAACAUGUUCUUAAGGUUAACAACCAUGAGCUUGUUGAUAAUGGACAUACUAGCUACUUCUCUAAAAUGCCCCCUGCAACAGCAGAACAACUGACAAUCGCAAAAGUUUUAUCUAGGCCAGAUAACGAUGUAAAUAUCCGGUGCUACGUUGUUCAGCUUCAAGAGUUAACUGAGUGUACAGAAGACCAAGCAGUCACUGCAUUGUAUGACUGCGAAAACAAUAUUGAGAGAGCAGUUGAGCUAGUUCUAGAUCAGUUCCGCUGUGGUGCGACAGAAGAGUGGCACACAACUGUCAGCAAGCGUGGCAAGACGAGGCACUCCCAGUCGGCACCAGAACCCGGGCCAGAUAUGACAGCACCUCAGAAAAAAGCUCCCAAACCGAAACUAGAAAAACAUGUUGAAAAUCAAGAUAAAUUCUCAGGACAAAACGUUUCGGUAUCACCUCCAGUUAACGUCACCAAAAAUUCAAACUCUCACCCCGAAAAGUUCAAGAAACCAGGCACAAAGAAAAAAAAUCCACAUAGAACAGAUGCAGUCGCUAGUGACCGCGCCUUCAUUCCACCACAAAGUCGUAGUGAUGAUGUGCUGUGUAACAGUUCGAAGCAGUUACCAGAAAGAAAAAGUAGAGUUGAGUCUGAGGCAUGGGAUCCGUACGCUGACUGUGGCGAGUGGGAAGGGGAUUCAAUCGAAAUAGUUAAUUCAAAUGCAUCCAUUGCCAUGGGUCUGCAGGAAGCAGUAUCCUUACCACCAGAACUUUUCCAUGACAGUCCAAGCUGUUCGGAAAAAAACUUAAACGCGGAUUACAAUCCGCACGUUGAUGAUGUUCAAAACCUAACUAAAGAUCCAGAUGCUUUGGACGCAGAAGCAUUGUUUGCGUCAUUUGCCAAAAGUAAACCACCUCCUCGCGCGUUUACUGGGAAGCUAGAGACAUCAUUAUUUUUUGCCCCGGAAUUGUUGCCUAGUGAGCAAUUUAACUGGAAACCGACUUUCGGUGGUGAGUGUCCUGGUUCACAGUUUAAUACCAAUACAACUGCAAUUCUGAGUCCUGGACAGAUUAGCAAUAAUACAGACGAACCACUUCGGUCACAAAAUGACUCUCGAAAUGUCCAAACAUCCACGGACCGACCUGAUUGCAGUCCGAAGCAGUUUUCGUUCCCACAAAUAUCCCAACAAUCACAUUCCAGCGAUUUUGAACUUAAGAACGCGUCAUUAGGCGUUCUCUUAGAUCCUCCACCUAAAACAGAGGAGAAGAUAAGCAGUGUUCCCACUGACUAUCCAUCGCGACACUACGAUGAACAAAUGGUUUCCAAAGUAGCACUUUCAUAUCCGAUAAAUCAUAAUAAACAGACACCCUCCAUGGUUGCCAGAACUACCAGUGAUAAACCCAGCUAUUUGGAGCCAAAUAUUAAGAACUAUCUUUUGGAUGGUCUGCCGGAUAACAUGAACAAAAUGAACGUUGGAGAGGUCACUGGACAAAGCACAAAAGAUCAGUUUUUAAUUCAGAAUAAUGCACAAUCAUCUCUAGCCCCCUUUUCUCAUGGUCAAAAUGAGCAGCACAUGAUUCCUCACUUGAAUAAAAUACCCGCCUCGCAUGCUAGCACCCACGUAUCUGGGCACACACAACAAGUUAACAAUUCUCAGGCGACUCAUCUUCCUCCAGGUAUGCCACACUUCAUCAGUCAGUUUGCUCCACCUGCUUAUCACAUGUUCAAUUUACCAGGCGGUUCUAGUACAACUCCUGCUAUUUUCGAUCUUGAUCAUUUGCAGCUCUUGCAACAACAGAGGAUGCUUUAUGAUAUGCACUUACAGCACCAGGCUGCCACUACCGCUCAAAGUCUUCUUACAGCGAAUGCAGAUUCCUCAGCAUCAGCAAAACCCGUCAGUCACAAUUUAUCAAAUCCGAUGGGUCAUGUUACUGCUCCAAACACAGGAAUGCGACCGGACAUGCUGACAACUGCACUUGGGCACACUCCACAGAUGAUGACACCUGGACACCCUUACUUUCCUUAUCCCGGUUUUGUCCUCAUGAAUGGUUAUCCAAAUCCAUUUUUAAACCAACAACAACCAAAUUCAGACAAUCCCCAAGUUCAGAAUCCUGGUCAGUGUGCAUCACCAAUUACCCAGCACCAAUCCCAGCUAAACCAAGCUCAAUCUUAUAAUAAUCUCAAACAACUGGGCAAUGGAGUUGGAAACUAUGAAGAUUUGUUAGAUGUCAAGUAUGGUGACCCAUCCAAACAAGUUGGUUUCAAAACCAGCUCAAACCCACCCAACUAUAGUUCAUUUCAAUCUCAAGGAAUGUCGUUAGAUUCUGUCGGUGGAAAGUUAUCUUCUGCCUCUCAUUCCAACAAUGGAUCUCUGGUUCAGAACUUUAACCAUGGAAAUAGCAAUUCUCAUGCACAGCACUUUUCACCACAAUUUUACGCAUCUGUGUCGGGUUCGCCAUACAUGAACACAGUUGCUGCCGCUGUAGCUGCAGCAGCUGCUGCUAAACAUGCACCCAAUAACAGCUCUACUGUCAGUACAAAUCAAUCUAAUCCAAAUAUCGGUGUUGCUACCAACCAAUCUGGCGCUGUUACUGGGCAAAACCAAAUACAUUUACCUGGGAACCCGUCUCAAGGAAUGGUCUUGGGUAA